UGAGAUCGGAGAAUAACUGUCACUCGGACGGGCUCGGCUAACCCCGCGUCGGAUGGAGGACUCGGACUCGGCCGCCAAGCAACUGGGUUUGGCCGAGGCGGCGGCGGUUGCUGCUGCUGCUGCAGUCGCCGCAGCAGCGGCAGCCGCCGCGGCCGCAGAGGGCUCAGAGCAGCAACACCACCAACACCACCAGCAGCAACAGCGCGGGGAGGCGACUGGGUCGGGGGCGGAGCCGGAAGAGGAGGUGACGGCCGUGACCGUCAUGGCGGCGGGUGCCGAACACAUCGAGAUGGGGGCCGAGUCCCUGCCGAGCGCCGACGAGGCCGCCGCCGCCGCAGCCUUCGCAGAAGUGACCACAGUAACAGUAGCCAAUGUGGGUGCCUCUGCGGACAAUGUUUUCACCACUUCAGUAGCAAAUGCAGCAUCUAUCUCAGGACAUGUGCUGUCUGGAAGGACGGCUCUUCAAAUUGGGGACAGCUUGAAUGCUGAGAAAGCCACUCUGAUUGUGGUUCACACGGAUGGCAGCAUUGUAGAGACAGCAGGGCUAAAGGGGCCAUCGGCGCCUCUUACACCAGGACCUCCAUCCCCUCCCACGCCUUUAACAUCUGGACAAGACAAAGGUGGAACAAAAUACAACUGGGAUCCUUCAGUGUAUGACAAUGAGCUGCCUGUGCGAUGCCGAAAUAUCAGUGGGAUCCUGUACAAAAACCGACUUGGCUCAGGUGGCCGAGGACGCUGCAUUAAGCAAGGGGACAACUGGUACAGCCCCACCGAAUUUGAAGCCAUGGCCGGAAGAGCCAGCAGCAAGGACUGGAAAAGAAGCAUCCGUUAUGCUGGGAGGCCAAUACAGUGCCUUAUUCAUGAUGGGAUAUUAAAUCCCCACGCUGCCUCGUGCACUUGUGCAGCUUGCUGCGACGACAUGAGUCUGAGUGGUCCUGUGAGACUGUUUGUCCCCUAUAAACGACGGAAAAAAGAAAAUGAAUUGCCUACAACUCCAGUGAAGAAGGAUUCCCCGAAAAAUAUCACCCUGCUUCCAGGAACUGCUGCUACUACUUUCACUGUGACUCCUUCUGGGCAGAUUACUACCUCCGGCACUUUGACAUUUGACCGUACGUCAACUGUGGAGGCCACAGCUAUUAUCUCAGAAAGUCCAUCCCAGGGUGAUGUUUUCACUGGCACCACUGUACAAGACACAAAUGUGCAGCAGCCUUGCCGAGUCAGUCAUCCAGAGCCUCACUAUCCAAGUUAUCAAGACAAUUGUCAAAUCUCAGCAUUCCCAGAAGCAGCACUGCCAACGUCCCAUCGCAAAAUUGUACUGACCUCACUUCCUGCCUUGGCUGUGCCACCCACAACCCCCAUAAAAACAAUAUCCUCUUCAGUUUUGAAUGGACUCGAAGUGACAGAGCAACGAAGCUGGCUCUACCUGGAGGAGAUGGUCAAUUCACUACUCAAUACAGCUCAGCAGUUGAAGACGCUGAUCGAGCAAGCUAAGCAGGCCAGCUCCUCAUACAGAGAAGCCUCGGUCACUCAGGCAAAAAUUCAAGCUGACGUGGAGAGGAAAGAGUAUCAGAACCAAUUAUUUCAACAAACGGAAGAUGUAGAUGGGAAAACAGAGAUUAUCAUAAAGCAAUCCUGCGUAAACUGUGGUCGGGAAGCGAUGAAUGAGUGCACUGGCUGCCAUAAAGUCAAUUACUGCUCAACUUUCUGUCAACGGAAGGAUUGGAAAGACCACCAGCAUAUGUGUGGCCAAUCAACCUCGGUCACUGUUCAGGCAGAUGAGGUUCAUGUUACAGAUGAUGUGAUAGAGAAAGUUGUUGUCUGAAACUCCCUACCUCUUCAACUGACAUUGUUGUGUGUGUGUGGCAGACUGGCUGGAUCAGUCAUCUUUGCUGUGAAGUCAUAUUGGUAAAAAGAAAAUGAACUCAUUAUGAAGAUCAAGUUGUACUAUUAUUUUUAUGUUGCUGGCCAACAGAAGACUCUCCUCUAAAAAUGCAGAAACUGAAAAUACAUGGAGAACAUCAAGAACAUGGAAAACAUAAAGGGAGCUUCACAUGUUUUCACCAAACUCUGGAACUUCCAUGGUCUUUAUGGGGCUCUCUGUGAAACCUCCAUAAAGCUUAUGGUGAUUUAAAUUGCUGUAUUCCACAGCUCUGAUGAAUGACUUUCAAAAGUGAUUUAUAAAAUUUCUUUGAAGUGA